ACUAAGACGAGUCUAAUGCUAUCUAAGGCUAACAGAUGAAAUGUUAAACGUUUGAUCCAUCGUGUUACUUAUAUUUAGGGGAAAUGAAAUAAAAGGUACAUCGGCUUAAAGACGUUGUGGAUGACAGAUCAGCUCCUCCAAUGGCAGGUUCCAACCAUACGAACUAUGGUCCCGGUUCGAGUCCAAUACCAUUGGACUCUAGUGGGUCUUCAAGCGAUUAUGCCACCGUUGGUCCAGGGGAUAAUGCAAUAUCAUCUAGUUGGGAUUCAAGCAGUUAUGCCACCGUUGUUUCAAGGGAUAAUAUAGCGAUGUUUCGACCUCGUGACGUUACAGAUGACAGACCAGCACGUCACAUUCCCGUUCCCUACAUUACGGUAAUUGAUGACAGACCAGCCCCUCAAUCGGCAUUUGUCAACAAUAGGGCAUUGUUUCGACCCCAUGACGUUACAGGAGACAGAUCAGCACGUCAAAAUCCUGCUCCCAACACUACGGCAGUGCUUCGACCUCGUGACGUUACGGGAAACAGAUCAGCACGUCACAAUCCUGUUCCCAACACUACGAAUCGUUGCUGUUCUAAAAAAACCCAAUUGAUGUGUUGCGCCAUUGUUGGCAUUGUAAUUGUUGCAACUGUUGUGGUUUGCAUGUACUUCAUCUUGAGACCGAGCGUUGACCAAGAAUGUCAAAUUCUUCCAAAUGAAAUUAUCUGCCCUUUUGAACAAGGGUACACUAGGGUUGAUAUAUUGAGUCCACCAGUUCAGUUGGAAAAAGGAGAAGGACGUUCUUCAUAUGAUUUAGAGGAGGACAUGGAUAUCACAGUUGACGGCUUUAACAUCCGAGUGACGAACGAUCAAAUUACUAUUCGGAAGCAACCAAGUGAUUGCCCAGAAGAGGGGGAAUAUCCUAUCAUCUUCAACAGUGAAAACAGCACACAGCGUGAAAUCAAGCUACCGCUGAAAGUUAAAGAUCUCACUGAUACUAUGCAGAUGGAAAUUACUCCAUUUACAAAUACAUCAGACGGCAAAGACUACGUCCAACUUGUCUGUUCGGGAUACCAUAAGUGUGGAACAGUAGUGGUGGAUCUGGAGCUCCAGGUACCAGACUUUGGCGCAUACAACAAACCAAUGAUUUGUUCGAGGACCACUGGUGAUGGUAAAGUCAUGGACAAUUAUGGAUAUGCAUGCACUCUUAUCAUGAGUGUGAAAAUGUUUCAACGAACCGAAAAUCUUAACUGCAAACCAACAGUGGAAACUUUACAGAACGUUAAGACCACAUCCAUCGCACAACAAUCUAUCGAUGUGAAUGUGACCACCAGAUCGCAUUUUAUCCUUGAAAAGGGGGAAAAUACGACCAUAAAAUGGAAUGCUAAUGCAGAAACAAUGAUAGACUUGCGUCAUAUUCAAACGAAACACAAUGGAUUUUUCCGCGCAAACGAAUUCGAUGUAGAUGACCGAGUUAAACUAUCCACUAGUUCUAAAGAAUCUAUCGCUACAUUUGAAGUUGCGUUCCGCCCAGUCACCUGUAUUGAUGCGGGAACAUGGGAAUUACACCUGCUGAAUGGUGACAAAUCUAUCAAAGAAAUCCAAGUUAACGGAAUGUCGACAUUUACAGACUGCCCCAGUCUUGUAAACGUAACUGUUGGAGACGGACUCGAGCUUAAGUUUACAUAUUGCGUUCCCGAUAAUGUGCGAACAUAUUUAUUGAAUCUGUAUGGGAAAACGAGUAGAAGCGGAUCCUUCCUAAAAGAUAAACCUUUACAAGUCGUCGAUAAAACUACAUAUUUCUGGGGACUUCUUCAUCUGAAUGAGUUGUCGGUGAUUUACAAAAACCAGCUACCGAUAACCUGUGCUGAUCACAUGACGGCAUUUGUGAUGUCAUUGCAUACAAAAGAAAGCGACACCAUACAGAAUAUCACAUCCCUCACUAAUGUGAUAGUUGGUAAAGGUCGGUACCACAGCUUUUCCACCGGAGGUGAUUUCAGAGAAAACAUCCAAGCAGUUAUCAACCUUCGCUUGCAUUUGGGUUGCAGACCACAACACAUGAUAAUACACGUCAACGGAACACUCCUGACCUCCAAGUACGCUUUAACUGAAGACCGGAGCACAGGAGAGAAAAUAUUUAGUAAAUCCUUUUCAUUCCCCAAGAUAAGGAUGCAGGAUAACGGCACCGGCGUUGAACUGUACUGCAGCCUUAUUGAUGAUGAAGGAUCUCUAAGAAACCUCUAUAUUACGCAAGUGAUUCGUGUCAUUCCAGAUACCUUUUGCAAGGAAAAGCCUCAUGGUUGCAACUAUCGGCAUCCAUACAACAGAAACAUGUGGGUAGCCUGUGGUGAGGGAGUAAUCGCAGACUUAAGGAACUGUCAGUCCGGACUCGUGUUCGUUCAAACGAAUUGUGUAGGGAAGUGUUGUCCAGAGGAUUCAACGAUUAACUGUGAAUCACCGUAAGCUUGAAGAAACAUCUGCAAAUGUUGCUGCUUAAAAAUAGUGUAAUGAACGAACUGGGGGUAAUCAAAUCACGAAAACAACGAGUAAGAAACACUCCAAUGAAGGUCUAAGUUUGGGGAAAAUCAAGACUGUAAAGUAUUCUGGUUCUGUUGAGAUAUAACACGUCAUUUGAUCUAUCAAUCGAAAUAAUUAAAGACCGUAUAACCACAAUAUAUUUUCCCAUUUUUCAUUUUCAUGUGACGUAUUGAUUGUGAUUGUUCAUAACGCCAAUGACCCUGGAUUACAACAGAAUAAUCAAAAGGUACUGCCGGAGAUCUCAAGACAUAGUAGGCUAUCUAAAGUAGAAAUGGAAGAUCAUAAUUUACUUUGUGUAUGUCGAUCAUCGAAGAACUGUUAUACUUUUUAACAACGUGUGUGAUUAAGUAAUGCAAAAAUCUUUGAACAAGCGAGGGCAAAUGAUGUAUUCCUCAGUUGCCUAACGUUGAAAAUUGCUAUUACUCACUAACAAGCAUGACCUUCUUUGUAUAUCCAUUUCUUCAGUUUGUUUUCAUGUUGUUGUUUUUUAUAUAUUGUUUGGACAUUUUCGUUUUUUCUAUUCUUUGCAUCUUAUUGUAUAACGGAAUAGCAACAGCUGGAAUCAGACGACUUGUAAGCCGAUAUACUAGAUAAGAAUGUUCCGGCUUUUUUAAAAGAUGUGACAUCUACGGGAUGUUGACAGUUACUUAACUGUAUAUUUUGCUUUAAAACAAUUCUGAUAUAUAUUAGCGAGUGCAUUAAAGUAACUGCCAAUUCCAAAUUAAAGGGAACAAAAAUGUCCAGGUUACUGUUUUUCGUAUACACCGUAACAUCCCCUUAUAUGAUUUUAUAAUUUGUUUUUUUUUGAAAUCGGGGUCCAAUAAUUAAUUAUGGCUUAAGCCUUUGUGUCAGACAUUUCAACAAGUACACUAUCACAUAAAUUCCAAAAUUAUUUCAGUAACAACAACAAUCGAUUUUAAGAUCUCUAUCUCAGCAACAUGUUGUUCCUGUUAUCUUUUAUUACAUAUUUUUGUUCACAAAAAAUAUGUACUUCAUCGGCUAUUAUACUAGUAAUGAUAUAAUAUUUUGGUGGAAUAACGAUUUUCAAAUUAUAUCGAUCAUACUUUUUUUGUGUAGUACAUGCCAAAUGAAAGGUUAUAUCAAAAGUCUAAACACUAGUUUGAUUAACAACCGCCAGAUCACAACGUCAGGGAAAUGCUUUAUUUAAGAGUUUCUAGAUGUACAGAAACGUAUUGUUGUGAUUAUUCUGCUCUGUAUAAUAUACACUUUUUUGUUUUUAUUAAAACCGAGUACAGAAACAAGGUUUUUCUACUAAUGUUACCCAUUGUUAUUGGCACGGAUGAACGCAAACUGAAGGUAUUAAUGUGAGAGGAAACGGGAGUACCCAGUAAAAUGUAACGUGGACCUAAAUGCCUUUCCUUGUUUAAUCGGGGAAUCAAAUCCCUGCCAUCUUGGUACAUGUAAAUGGUGAGAGAUCUAUCCACAGCGCAAAUCGAUCACCGAUUUAUUUUUUCUGUUUGUUGAUAUUACAUUAUUUUUACCAUACCAUUUUAGGAUAAUGUUUUUCAAUAAUGUUAAAGCCAUUAUUAUUUACAUAUUUUGACGUGUUAAAUGCGUUGGAUGGUAUUAUCGACAUUAUAUGAAACAUAAUGUAUUAUAUUUUUAUGCACUAUCUAAUUGCAUGUAUGUAUAUACUCUAAUGGACCCGGAUAGAGUAGAUACAAUCUCGCGCACUGUAUGGAUGGUAACAUUCCCUUGUAUUUAAUUUCGUUACAUUUGCGGUCACCAAAUUUAGAGCGAAAUUAAAUACCCCACGAAGUUUAAAACUAAGGAUUAUAAUUCCCGUGAUUGUAUAUAUAGAUAUAUAGAAAAAAUAAGAUUAACAACCGACUAUAACACUAUCUGCUUUCACCCGAAGAGCCCUGUAAAGGGCGAAAGCAGCUAGUGUUUUAGUCGGUUGUUAAUCUUAUUUUUUCUAUAUGUACUUCCUUCACAUAUUUUUAUUAUAUAGUCAUAUAUAUAGUCCACCUGAAACAGCCCAAUGAGGCAGAAAUGCCUAGAGGUCAGUCUUGUGUACUUAAUUUUAUAUUUCUUCUUCACAAGAACUUCCGAAUAACGGAGAUACAUGCAUAACAAAAUUUAAAUAUUGUAUUUUACUUGUUUUCACAACAGAAACUCGUAAAAUAAGCAUCAUCAUCCAAAUACAUUGGAAUCUUCGUGAGCACGAUAUGUUUAUCUUCAAUCCUUGCAAUCAAUUUCUGAUAGGCACAACCAUGAACCAUUUACCCUGCGAAACAAAACAACUAUGCAUUACGUCAUAUACAGCGCAGUUGGUACAGUGAGAUUUGUUCUUUAGGAUAUUACAUAACUUGAUAUAAUUUUCUAAAUAUUAUUUUGUAUUUUACACAUACAGUGUAUAUAUUAUUUAUACGUUAUAUUAUUGCUACUAUUGAUUUGUAUAUCAAAUUAUAUAUUUAUUUUAUUUUGUCGUGUAUAGAUCUUCUGUAUAAUUCUGUAUUUAAGAAUUACAUGCAUGAUGUGCCCCUUUCAUAUUGCGUAUAUUUGUAUGAUUAUGGACAAAUGCGAAAGAACUGUACAAAACCGUUUUGACGCUAUAAACAAUUCUGUCUUCUCUCUGCAACAGAUUCGACAUUAUGAUAUAUUUGGGUUCUUUUUUCGAUUAUCUUCCUAUUAUUGUUUAGUCUUGCAUGAAUGUACUGAGACUUCUCUUAAAAGGCUGCCAAAGCUUAAAAGUGUACCGGAAAUAUGACUUUUAGAUAUUGUUAAAAAUAUGAAAUAAAUAUAAAUUCAA